AUGGAGAUGAAGGUUAGAAAGGAUGAGUUCAUGCCGUUUGUGGCAAUGGUGAUAAUGGAAGCAUGCACGAUUGCUCUAACGAUAAUGACGAAAACGGCUUUAACCGGAGGAAUGAGUCCUUUUGUGUUCGUUGUUUACACAAACGCAUUUGGAUCCAUUCUUCUUCUUCCUUUUUCUUUCUUCUUUCACAAGAAUGAUAGAACUGAAGAAUCUAUCUUCUCUUGGCCACUCCUCGUUCGUGUUUUCUUUCUAGGUUUCACCGGGAUAUUUUUGUUCCAAAAUUUGGCAUUUGUGGGACUAAGCUUUAGCUCACCCAUUGUGGUAUGUGCAAUGGGAUUGCUCAUUCCUUCCUUCUCUUUCCUGCUCUCACUUUUUCUCGGAAGGACUAAGUUGGAUUGGAGAAACACGAGCACGAGGGCUAAAGUGAUGGGAACAAUAAUUUCAAUAACCGGCGCAUUUGUUGAAGAGUUGUACAAAGGUCCCUUCAUAAGACCAGCUUCUUCUUCCUCCCCAAAUCGUCUACUGAAAUCAAUCCCUAAGCUUUUGGUCUACUACAACAUCCCGGACAAUUGGUUCCUCGGGUGUAUCUUUUUGGCAGCCGCCGUUUUCUGUGUCUCCCUCUUCAAUGUUAUUCAGACAGGAACGGUCAAAAAGUAUCCGCAUGUGAUGAAAGUGGCUUCGUUCUACAGCAUAGUUGGGACGAUCCAAUGUUUAAUGUUCUCGUUGUUUAUGGAAAGAGACCUAAGUGCAUGGAAGAUCCAAUCUAACUUCGAUCUUUUCCUCAUAAUCGCCACGGGAAUAUUCGGAUGUGUGAUACGAACAAGUGUACAUGUAAAAUGCACCCAAAUGAAAGGACCAUAUUACCUGCCAUUAUUCAAACCCUUUGGUAUAUUUUGGGCAACACUCUUUGGCACCAGCUUCUUCGUCAACAGUCUUCACUACGGCAGUGUGUUAGGAGCAGCCAUAGGCGGUGUUGGAUAUUACACAGUGACUUGGGGACAAUUAAAGGAAACCGAAGAAAAACAAAAUCCAAAGGAGGAAAGAAAACCGAUCAAAACUAUUCAUGAUCACGACUACAAAGUUCCAUUGCUUAUUAAUCAGGAAGAAAGUCCUGUGUAA